AAAUCAUAACAAAAUCGCAUCACAACAUUGUGUAAUUUUGGCCAAUUCGCAACCAAAAAGAACCCAAAACUAGGUUUUAUUAUGGCACAAAUCAUAGCGGCCCGUAGAUUAGCAGCGUUGCUUAAAAGCACACAUCGUUCCCAGCUUCUGCCGGUAUCAGCAAAUAUCUCCUACAGUGUUUCUCAUUGGAAACAGGAAAAUCCGAAAGAGGAGAUCAAUAACGAACCCAUCAAAUACUUCGGAAGUCAAGCGUCUCGCUGGACGGCACAACGCAGCCGGGAGGGACCCAAAGGGCAAGAUAUGCCUUGGUUUCAGCCGUAUGUGGUAAACUUUAGUGUAGCGAUAUUUCUAAUUUAUUUUUGCGUUCUACGAGAAGAGAACGACAUUGACGAAGGUUUAGGGCGAUCACUGUUCGAGCAUGUGCCCGGUUUGGAGGAAAAACAGCUCAUAGUCAGUUACCAUUACCACAAGGAAAAUGGUCUAUCAACGCUUGAUAUUGAGAACAGGAUGAAAGAGUUGGGCAUGAACUUUGGAAGUGCUAAUUAGAAGACUGCUGCUGUUGGAUGUGGAUUCCGUGUUGUGUAUCAUAAUAUAGCCUUUAGCGUAAUGAAGAAAAAU